CGUACUGUACACAAGCAUAUGUCAAAUUCGUCGUUUGUUUAUGCUAUAUUUUUGUGUUAUCAACAUAUAAUCAUAUCCGUAUUUUUGUGAAGUGUGGAAUGUAAUCUGAAGAAUUUCCAGCCAUGAAAAAUGACAAUAAUGUCCUGUCAAACGAGUCUUAACUUGAAAAUACAAACAAAACGACUACCACGCCCCCCACCCCUACCCACCCUGCCCUAUCCCGUCUCACCCUGGCAUAUGCUGGACAUGCCUGUUGCAUGGAGGCCCUUUUUCGUUCAAGAAGCCGCAAGGUAAACAAAACUUGCUUGACGUUGUAUUAAUACCGUUAUUAUGUUAAAUGUUCCGAGAGAACCGUGGCCAAUUGAAUAUGCUGCUGAACAUGCAGAAUUAAACAGAGACAGGGAACAGGAUAGAAUCCCUUUCGCAUAUCGUAGUCCACAGAUUCAACACAGAUCCUAUCUUGUUGGCUGGAUAAGAACAAGGGCUGAAAAAUUUAUGUUCUGCACUAGCACAGUGCAUCUAGCUAUUUAUAUCUUAGACAUCUUCAUGGAUAACUUCAAUAUUGAACUGGAUCGGCUACAUCUUGUUGCCCUUGUUUGCCUUCAAGUUGCUUCUAAAUAUGAAGAACGAGAUGUGAGGAUUCCUAAGGCCAGUCAAUUUAACAGUGUUGUAAACAACAGAUAUCAGUUAGCGGAAUUUCGUGAUUUGGAAGUCAUGUUAUUGUCAUUUUUGGGGUGGAAAUUAAAUUUACCUACAGCAGCUCAUUUUGCUGAGUAUUACUCAUUAUUUGCCGUUUCUAAGAAGGAUUGGUGUCAAACAGAAUUUCUAUCCUAUGAAACAUUUUGGCAAGAGGCUCAGAGAGCAGUAAAAGAUUACUUAGAUCUUGCCCUCCUAGAUAUUUGCAUGAUGCAGUUCUUGCCCUCUAUAGUAGCAUGUGCCUGUGUACUUUUGGCGAGGCAACAGCUCCGUUUAAUUAAAUGGACUGAGGAACUACAAAUUAUUACUAAGUAUCAAUGCGAAGACCUUACUUUGUGUGCCAAUGUUAUUCUUAGUAGAAGCUCUAACAGAGGAAUAGAACGAAAACGAAAGAAUGCAGAUUCUCCUGAUUUAGGAUAUGUGACUGCAGGUAGCACAACAAGCACUCCAGAAGGAAUAACAUCCAAACGGCGAAUUAUUGUUUGCACUGAAGACAGCAAUUUAUAAUCAAAUUACCUAAAAUAAUGUUUGAUAUUUUGAUUUUGAAAGACUGAUGUAAAUGAAUUCUGUACUGGUCAGACACCAAUUCAAACAAGUGAUUAUUGCUAUCCUAGUCAUUAAAGUUCUAGUUAUAAAUCUAGUAUUGUCUCUAGUUAGAUACUAAUUCAAAGAAGUGUGUAAUCGUAGAGAUUAAUGUUCUAAUAGUUUCUAGAAGUAAGUUUAUUUUGGAUGCCUUUAUAUCUUUAUUCUUUUUCCAACUAUUGUUACGUUCAUAAUAUGUUGGGGAGCAGGACCUCCAUUUGUGCAUCAUAGAAUGCUGUUUCUUAUUUCAUGAGCUCAUUUGAGCUCUUGGCUACAACUGUAAGUUUGAUCUAAUCACUGUAGUAAAUUAACUGCUGUCAAUUUUGUUCUUUUUGAUUCCGGUGAUUAAAAUUUCUAACAAUG